AAAAAGAAAAAAAAGGCAACUCACUCAAGAAACUCUCUUUGUUAGAAAGAAGGUGUAAUCCUAAUGGGAUCUCUUGAGAGAUCUAAGAAGAAAGCUCAAAUAUGGAAGAAAGCUGUGAUCCAUUUCUCUCUCUGUUUUAUAAUGGGUUUCUUUACUGGCUUUGCUCCUGCUGGUAAGGCCUCAUUUUUCUCUAAUUUUGAAACAACUCCUUCUACUUCUAUCAAAUCUCAGAUUCAUCCCCAACCUCUUGAGAAUUCUACCUAUACGCCCAAUCCUCUCCAUGAUAAAGCCUUGGUCGAUUCCCAAGGCCAAGCCCCUGCUCCUGCAGACUCUCGAGAAGCCCAACAAGAAACCAGAUCGCUCUCCGAGACAGAAGAGGAAGUAACACCAAGAGGUCUAGUGAUUGUUGUAACUCCGGUAAUGACAAAAGAACGUUACAAAAACGUUCUUCUUAGGCGAAUGGCCAACACCUUGAGGCUAGUUCCACCUCCUUUAUUGUGGAUAGUCGUGGAGAAACAUUCUGAUGCUGACGAAAACUCUUCAUCUACAAUGCUAAGAAAGACUGGUUUAAUGUAUAGACGUAUAGUCUUCAAGGAAAACUUCACGAGCUUGGAAUCAGAGCUUGAUCAUCAAAGGAACCUUGCGUUGAGACACAUUGAGCAUCACAAACUAAGCGGAAUUGUCCAUUUUGCGGGGCUAAACAACAUCUAUGAUCUUGAUUUUUUCGAUGAGAUUAGAAAUAUUGAGGUAUUUGGUACUUGGCCACUGGCCUUGCUAUCGGCUAAUAGGAAAAGAGUGAUAGUAGAGGGGCCGGUUUGUGAAUCUUCACAAGUAUUGGGAUGGCAUUUGAGAAAAAUUAAUAAUGAGACAGAGACAAAGCCUCCGAUUCAUAUAUCAAGCUUUGCUUUCAAUAGUUCAAUACUUUGGGACCCUGAGAGAUGGGGUCGUCCUUCUUCUGUUGAGGGCACCAAACAGGAUUCGAUUAAAUAUGUGAAGCAAGUGGUUUUGGAGGACGAUACAAAGUUGAAGGGACUUCCGGCGCAAGACUGUUCCAAGAUAAUGCUUUGGCGUCUCAAUUUUCCCACAAGAACACAUUUAAGCACCUAAUCUGCUUUAUUUUAUUUCUAAUCUCCUCCAAAUUAGACUUUUUCCUCUCUUUUUUCGGAUUCAUACAUCACAGAAAAAAAAAAAACACUUCAAGAGAACUAAAGCAGUAGAAAACAAAUA